GAUGGCGUCUGUCACAAUCUGGAUCGGCUGUGACGUCACAUGCAAGUGCUCCAUUAGCUACUCUAAAUUGUCCACCAAAAGCAGUGCAGCAGAGGAGUGGCUAGCCAACUGUACUUACUUAGCCAAGAAACCCUAGGAAAGGGACCAAACACGGGACGGGCGAAGGAGAAGGGUGAUUUUUCACUUUGAACAUCGUAAAAUGAAUCAGAAUAAAAUUUAAUAGAUUUAGAAAUAUAUUUCUUCUUCUUUCAGCUGUUCCCAUUAGGGGUCGCAACAGAAGAUCAUCAUGAGCCGCAUAUUUUAUUUUAUUUUUUAAAUUUUUUUAUCAGUGCCCUUCCUGAUGCAACCCUUCCCAAUCUGUCCGGGUUUGGGACUGGCAUUAAGUAGGUACCGGCUUGUGCAACCCCAGUGGCUGGGUAUUUUUACCUUUGAACAGUGGGAGGAAACCAGAAUAUACAGAGAGAACAUGCAAACUCGACACAGAAAGGCCCACGUCAGCUGUAAGGUGACCGCGCUAACCACCGUGCUGCCUUUAGAAAUAUAUUUCUUAAACUUCUUUAGUGUAUUUCUUGUUGAAGGAAGUCAUGUUUGGUCAUGGCAGAACAAAUAAAACUUGAUGCAUUUAAUACAAAAUAGUAUAGUUUCUAUCAAGAACCCAGAUAAAAAGAAACUGACGGUGAGUAGUUGUAAAAGGUGAGUCGUCAUGAAGAUAAAGGUCACUUGCUUUCCUUACCUGUAAAUAUCACCAAGAAGCAAGGGAGUAACUUUGAUUUUGACAUUGGUGGGGACACAAAAGUGAUCCAAGGCAGAGCUUCCGAAAGGUGUUUUUUUUUUCCAUUAGCAAUCAUAAUUUCAUGUCAUGCAGAUCUUAUAGGUUAAUGAGGGUAGCUGUGGCCUAAUGGUUAGGGAGUUGGUCUUUGGAUCCCAGGGUUGCAGGUUCAAAUCCCACCCUUACCUCUCCAUACAUCUCCAUCCAUGGCUGUGUGAGAUACGGGCGGGUAGUCACGGCUGCUGUGGGAAGUGUGCUGCUUUUACAGCAGCUGGGAUAGCCAGAAUUAGCGAGAAACAGGUAGCUAAUCAGAGAAUGAUAUCUACGUUAGAGGGGGGGAUUAUACAUUUAACCCUUUGUGUGCCAUAUAAUCAUUGCUCAGGUUAGGACAUCGGUUUUAUUGAUCGUGAUUCCACAGUAGCGGCUGAAUAUUGGUAGGGACACGUCCCUAGCGUCCCUACCCAAAAUUACGCCCUAGCCAAGAAGAGUUUAACAAAGAAGUGUAAGGGGCAUUGGGAAUGAUGGUGAACAUCAGUGUGUAAAGCCUGACUGAGUACAUACUGCUCCACCCUGAUCCAGCACGCUGAAACCAUAAACCGUUCCAUACAGGUCGUAAACCUCGACCCAGCUGCAGAGCACUUUGAUUAUCCAGUCAUGGCAGAUAUCCGAGAGUUGAUCCAGGUGGAUGAUGUGAUGGAGGAUGACUCGCUGAGGUUCGGCCCGAACGGAGGAUUGGUUUUCUGCAUGGAGUACUUCGCUAGUAACUUCGACUGGCUGGAAGAAAGUCUUGGGCAUGUUGAGGAUGACUACAUACUUUUCGACUGCCCAGGUCAGAUUGAGCUUUACACUCAUCUUCCUGUCAUGAAGCAGUUAGUCGAGCAGCUCCAGCAGUGGGAGUUUCGUGUGUGUGGCGUCUUUUUAGUUGAUUCUCAAUUUAUGGUCGAGAGCUUCAAGUUCAUUUCCGGUGUCAUGGCAGCUUUGAGUGCCAUGGUGGCACUAGAAAUCCCUCAGGUCAACAUCAUGACCAAAAUGGACCUACUGAGUCCUAAAGCUAAGAAAGAGAUUGAGAAAUAUCUCGAUCCGGAUAUGUAUUCGAUGAUGGAGGACAGCUCUGUCACGCUGAGGAGCAAAAAAUUCAUGAAACUCACCAAAGCGAUCUGUGGUUUGAUUGAGGACUACAGCAUGGUGCGCUUCCUGCCAUUUGACCGCACUGAUGACGAAGGCAUCAACAUUGUUCUCCAACACAUUGACUUCUCCAUACAGUACGGCGAGGACCUGGAGGUUAAGGAGCCCAAGGAGAGUGAUGAGGAACCUGGCAACCAGAAUUAUGAUGAGUUUUUCCAAGACAGAGUGGAUUCCUAAAUAGAUCUUUGUAAUGCGCUCAGCUGUUUAGUGCUGUGAAAAUCCAAGUCUACAAGUGAACAACACUGUCAGAAAGCACUUGGGUGGAAAGAGAGAAUGCUCUAUUAUUAUUAUUAUUAUUAUUAUUAUUAUUAUAUGUCUGAGUGCAUAAUUCUAUUAUAAAUCUCUUAUUUCUGCUCUUUGCUCAUAUUAUUGUGUUAUAGACCUUGCCUGCUACAUUGUAUAAGUUUUUAAGGUUAAAUAUUUUUUCAAUAAAAGUGAGAUUUUGGAAA